AUGCUCUUCCUCUCUCUGCUCUGUCUGUUGCCGGUGGGCCUGUUGCUGUCGCCCGUGUUUUUCGGAGCCCCCGUAAGUCACUUCUUCACCGAGGGCUGUGGGGCCAACUCCCCUCUCAAAACCAUCGUGCGGCGCUGCCUCACUGAGACAUCUUCGUUGAUGAACAACUGGGGCUUCAUCUCUGGAGACUCUAAGAUGCUGGGGGACACCGGGCACUAUACAUUCAGCAGGAAGCGAGGGAACCAUAUUAAGAACGUAGGGUUUAACCAGAGGAGAUUACUGCUGGCUGAUUGUAUCAUUUCAGCUGUAUGUCCAUGUGCCCCCCCCCCUUUAGGUCCAAGUCUGUCAAGAGAGUCAUCUUCGGUCGCCUCAGAAGCAUCUCUCUGCGGCGGUCACGGAGAGAAAGAGAAGGAGGAAGACAGACACACUUCAGGAGGUUUCUCUCCAAACCCAAGUUCAGGAACUGUCGGGGAAACAGAUAGACCAACUCUGAAGGAGAUCUCUCCAUCUGCCGGUGAGCAUGGGGACAGUUGUCCUCAGAACACGGCCGUCGGGUCAGGAUCAUCUCUGCCCUCGGACUCCUCUGUGGCAGUGGCUGGCGACAGCCUUCUAUCCCGUAGCAAAGGUCCUGACGUGGGAUUGCUUGAGACUCACCUGUCACCCUUCCAGGAGCAAGUCUCAACAGAUUCCACACUGUGCAUUUUCUCAGAUGCUCAAGAGCCUUCUUCCUUUGAAGCCAAAAGAACCUCUGUCUGCCGUGACGUUGCUACCUCUGCAGUUGCUGUUUGUGCUUCUCUGGGGGCGAGCGUGGGUCACACUGCCUCGAGAAGUCACAGUGCGGGGCCACGAGACCACAGCCGGGCUGCAGGGGAGACUCUGCCACAAAGCUCCCCAGACAGGAAAACGAUGACAGAGGGUGUGACUCCAUCACUCUUGCCAGGGACACCUUCAUCUGGGCAAAGAAUUCCGGGUUCAGUCCCACUGGGAUCCAUUGGAAAAACCCAUCUUGAAACUCCAGCUUCAGGACCAGGGUCAGCUGGUCCACAUCAAGAGGAAGGAAAACACAAGACGUGUUUUCCUUCCGGGGGGCAGCAAGGGUGUGGGGAAGGGCUGGUCCCCUGCCCUCCUUUAGGAAAGGACGGUGGGAAACGUCAAGUAUCUGGAUUCGUGGCUCUAAAGGAUGGUGUGGUUCCUUCCAACCCAGAGGAGCCCACGGAGACCCCUGGAGUCCCUUUGAAAACCCUCAGGAAGAGGAGUUUGGAAGGAAUGAGAAAGCAGACCCGAGUGGAGUUCAGCGACACCAGCAGCGACGAUGAAGACCGGUUGGUGAUAGAAAUAUGAAGCUUCCGGAGAAAGAUGGCGUCGACGGUCAAAGACUGCGGAUGCCUUCCGGGAAGCGCCAUCACGCUGCCAGGAGAACUGAACUCUACUUGUGAAGCACCGGCAGCUAGGAAAGCCAUCUGGGGUUCUUUCUAAGAUAUCCUCCACCAACUCUGAAAGCCAAACUCAGCCUCACCAUUCCCCAGAAGCCCUGAUCACAUGGUGCCAGGCAGGGCUAAGGGACCAAUGAAGCAGGGUCUAAGAAGGCUUCAUCCACGUGAUGACUGUGGCCUGACUCCCAUCUAUACCCUCUGCGUUGGUCCCUCACUGCCUGAUUCAUUAAAAUGGCAUCAACCCAGAGAGCCACAGUCAACCUGUUUACAAACAAGUGAACCCCACAGAGUCAAGGCGAUAGGCUUCCUGCAUUUGUGAAGUGGGGGUUUGCUGCAAAGGUGGUGAGCAUACUUGGGGUAACCGGGGUCACUUGCAAAGGAGUUGGGGUGUGAACUGGGCGUCCAGAUCCUUCUGUCCAUUGUGGAGACAAAAUCCAGAUUAAUUCAGAAACUGGAGUUUGGUUGGAAUAAUGUGCCUCCUAAGCAGAAGUUGUAAAUAUACUUCAAAAUGCCUCUGAUCUGGCGACACACUGAGUAUCCUUCAAUGUUGCACAAAUGGUCAGUGCUUCUGUGUGACCCGGUGUGUGGCCACAAGCAUGUGCCGCUCUCGUGCCCGACGCCUUCUCUGUGGAGACCCCUGAAACCUGUUGAUUUUCCAGCUCUUGCGAAAGGAACGCUGUGUUAAAAGUUAAUAGAACAUUCUCUGUAAUGAGUCAUUUUUGAGGGGGAAAAAUUCACUUAUUUUCCUCUGCUUCUUUCUGUCAUGUUGUGCUCUGAGCAAUUUCAAUUAGCAGGUUACACUUUAGUGAUCUCUGCAGCUUAAACUGACGCCUGCUCAUCACGAUGGGAGCCUUUCAGAUUUCCUCCAGAAGCUUCAAGGAUACAAAACUAAUUGGAGUUUUGACGCUGUUUUACAUCUCAGUAAUUUUAUUUUGGGGGCUUGGUGUUACUUUGCUGUCAAAUUAAAUCAGCCUCUACAUUGUGCAGAUCAGAACAGCACAGACAACGUUCCCCAGCGUUCCAAGCCAGCGGGAAAUAGCGGGUGUGUGUCACCCAGCUCGGGGAGCAGAGCCUCACGUUUGCUACCCCCUCUCCCUCUCCUUAGAUGGGAGAGGAAACACGCAAGGCGAUUUACAUUGCUGCAUUUCGAUACAAUUUUUUACUUGCUGUUUGGUGUGAUUUUGUACGAUUUGAGGUUCACAGCCGAGCUCCUUGGGCUUCACUUCGAUGUGACGAUGCCCACUUGACAUCCUGUGCUUCGAAGGUGGGGCCGCAACGCAGAACACCUCCCACACGCGGAGGCGCUUUGAUACGUCCUCGUCUGUGACAAAGGAUGGUCAGGUUUCAAGUGAAUUUUCCAGUUCUAGGGUUAUUCAUAGAAAAACUUCAAAGUGGGACCAGCUUCCCCUGGUGACUUAGCGUGUGUCUGUGGUCAUUUCCAAUGACCACACUCAGACGCCGCCAGGUCACGUCCAACCCGGCCAAGAAGAACGUGAGAAAGGAGGUAAAAAGAGGUUAGGUGCUCACUUCACGCACUUCUUGAACCAAAGGGAAGUGACGUAACUGCCCGCCCUUUGGACUGUCCGUGCCGCUGUACGGAGGGGAGGUCCGGCAAAGCAGUCUGCAUCCCGGACGGGGAGAGGGAGCGAGGGCCUGGCCUUGUCCUGAGCUGGCCGGGCAGUCCUGGGGAAGACUCGUGUGCUCUCUGCACCUCGGCUUCUCCGACUGAGAAUAAGGAAGUAAGGCAAGAUGGGCUGAAGGUGACUCCAGGCCCCGAUCCUCAUGAGAGUGGCUCAGAGGUGGUCCCCACGGGGAGGGAUCCCCCUCCCGGGAGCUGAAGAAUAAAUACCUUCGGCCAAUUAUUGCCAAGAAGAAUGAGAGCUCAGGGAAACUCCUGAUUUUUUCCCCAGAGAUCUGAAUUUUGAGGUACAAUCAUUCAGUGUAGAAAUGGCAGCUCAUAAUUCAAAAACUAGAAGCAAACAGAGCACCGCUGUGUGAGUGGAAGACAGCACCUCUGUCCGCUGAAUUGGUUACUUUGUCUUGGGAGGCACCGGGCGGGGGAGGAAACUUUCUUCCAGAUCCUCCUCUGCUGUGUGGCUGCUGCGCUGUGGGCCGGAUCACUGGACUAAGGCAGUAAGUCACAGCUCCCAACAGCACCGGCCUCGCAUCAGGUCAGGUGGAAGCUCUGUCCUUCUGCGAGCCACCCUUGCUGGCCACCACGUCCUAACUAAGAUCAAACACGGCGGAACAUUGAGUCCCUCCCUGACUCCCUGUCUCUCUUACACAGAGGUGAGCAAGUCACCACAGGUUCCUGUCUUAGCCCAUCAUUUAGCUGUUCGGUGGCAGCAUUUACAGGUGUACCUUACUUUAUACCAACAUGAAUCUAUGAAAAGCUUUAUUUCAGUGGAUUAAAAAACACACAAAUAAAAGAUGUAUUUUGAAUGGCCCUGGGGGACUUAACUAUUAAAAAUCAUCCCAUAGUAAAUAUCUUUUUUUAAAUAAGAAAUCGUUUUCUAAAGCAACACAGCAUCCCUGAUUUUAUAAAUCUUAAUUUUCCCGUGGGUUUUCUUAGAGCAGACUGCUGUCAUAAGGGUGCAGUUCCAGGAUGACGUUGGUGACCUGUAACCCAGUCUGGGUUACCGGAAAUAAAAUUUCAGUAUUAUCAGUUGAUAAUCACUGCGGUUUUUAACUCUGUGAGUGUGUCCUGGGUAACGGUUAAGGGGAAACAAGUGAAUCUGAGAACAGGGCAAGUCGGAGUUUAAAGGUCAGUGUUCCUCCUCCUCCUCAGUGCUGUUCAUUUCCCUGCACCUUCAGGUUAGGGUCUCAGCCACUGGGUGCCUCAGCUUCUUCCACAGAGAAUAGCUCCGAGGAUGCUGGCAGGAACUUUGAAUUCUUUGCCGUUCCUUCAGGGCAAGGGGUACAGAUGCCAAGAGCCGUGAUGUUUGAGACGCACUACCAAGGUUCUUUCUCCAGCCGUACCUACGCCUGGCCCAUCUCACUCACUAAGGACGCACGGAGGACAGAGGUUUCAUGUCCCCCCUUGGCAACCUAGACUAUUAAGUGACUCUUACAGUCACGUGGUUUGGGCUGGACGACCUGAAUCCUUCUUGUUGUAAGGUGUGGUGGAAACAACUCGUACCUCCCGUUAGGUAUGGCCUUUGAGAUUCUGGAUGAAGCUGACAUCUCUCUCAUUUACAACCCAGGAGAACCUAUGGUUCUUUUGCCAAAAGAUUAAAAGAAGACGGGGGAUUGGUGCUUCUGGAUCCUAAUCCAAACCCCGUCAGUAGCCUGACGAGUAACUGAGGGCAAGUUAACCUCCUCCUUCCUGAAAGCCCUCCUCUAAAGCUCUGGUGGGGAGAGCAGCCUUGCAAAGACGCCUCGUGGCCACAGUUCCGGGCAUGACAGAUGCACGCUCUGCAGCUUCAUGUCAAACGUAUUUCCUUACAUUUCCAUUCAUUACGUAGGACGAUCACAUUUUUCAUUUCUUCCCCAGCAUAGAAAUUUGCAUUUUGCGCAAAAUUUGCCUGGUGCAGCAGAUUUUUAUAGUUAUGGGAACUGUCACCGUUAUCAGAAUGUGCUGCUACUCAAAUCCGCAGACGUAAUUUCAUCCGGCGAGGAGAAAACGGCCUGCCGGGCUCCGGGGCGGUCGCAUUUCCACAACUGCCGCGAGCAGGGCUUACGCGUUUCCCCCGCUUCAGCUGCGAUUCCCAUGAUUCUUGUGAGGGAGGCUCCGGCUUUGGAGCGCUACGCUUCUCAACGCGUAAGCACAAUUUCUUGUCCCUCUCUUGCAGAUACUCAUUCAGUAAAGGUGUCAGGACCCCAGAAAAUCCUGUGUGCUGGAUUUGUACCCUGUGUAGUGCUUUUCACCCGUGCUCUGUGCUUACGUGGGAAUACGUAUGACUCAGUCUGAGGCAGCAGAGGAACACUGAGCAUAUUACUUCACCCUGGAAGAGGAGAAGCCAGGGAAACCAGCCAGCCUCGGUCACUCGCAGCCCUAGAGGAUGACUUAAUAUCUUAUAUAUGCAGCCAACUGUUCAGAGCUUACUACUCUAUCCACUGUUCAGAAUCAGGAAGCGAUUGGCUUCUGGGUUCUCUGUUUAACUGUAGUUCCUUCUUUAUAUGGUUAAAUUUUUGUUUUGAUAAAAAUACAACUGAAAGUGAAAAUGUCUUGUGUGAUUUGUUAACAUUUUAACCUAAACUACCAUAAAUAAUAUCCUGUUUCAAUUGGAUAUCUGAUUCUUCCUGAACAGUUGACCAACAUCCUGUCCGCCAUAUUGGCGUCCCAUUCCACUCAAGAAAGAAU